AUGGCAGCAUACAUAACUAUUUUGCAUGUGAGGGAAAAACUAAAGAAGCUGGUUUAUGGCGAGGCAAAAUUUCAUCCGCUGCUUCCACAACUCUACCAGUUCAUUUACAGACGAUCAGAUGUAGAGGAAUUCCUGCAAAAUGAUUCAAGUGGCAUCUUGAAUCCUGAGUUUAUGGAAGCUCUUUACAUGGUAGAAGAUGCCAUUGACAAAUUCCGUGUUACAAAAUCAAUUCAGAACGAGAAGUAUACUCCAGCUCUAAAAACCAACAACUUAAACGAGAAGCCAAUACUAAAGAUAGUUCUAGAUGAAUCCAAAAGUUUUAGCCAAGCAGAAGGGCCUCACCAAAUUUCCAAUGGUUAUUCUGAUAAGAAAAGUAAAACUUCCCCUUCGGAGGACGGGAUGGAGGAGUUACAAGAGCUAAUCCUCAGUGGAGAAGCUUCACCUUUCCAAAUUUCAGUGGUAGAAUAUGAUUCUAAGAGAAAACCGUUGCUCAAGAUUUACAAAGAUGAGAAUGUCAAGAAGCAUUUUGAAUGUCGUGCUUGGGUUCGUGUUCCUCAGGAGUUUGACAAAAGACUACUUCUCCGUAAGAUAUUUAAGCAAGUCACAGAAAAAUCUGAGGGAAUGGAGGAGCAUUCUGAUUCGCUGCAACAAGACCUCCAUGACUUCUUAAUCGAGAAGAGGUACCUAGUAGUACUAACUGAUGUUCGGACACUGGAUCUUUGGGAGAUUAUUAAGUUUGCUCUUCCGAGUUCAUCAAACGGUAGCCGGGUGAUUUUCAGUUUCCCUGAAGCUGAUGCAGAACGGUAUCCAGAUAUAAGAUUCUUCGGAAGAGAGCUAUCGCUGUAUGCUAGAAGCAAGGAUGUUGGGGCUGGAAUUCCAUCCAUUGAUGAACAUGAAAGCCAGGCUCCAAUUAAAAUUGAAAGAGAAAUUUCAGCUGAGGAGGUUUCUGUUGCAAUCGGAGAAAAAGUGCAUGCUGAGGAGGCUCCUAUUGCAAUUGAAAAGAAGGUUCCUACUGAGGAGGCUCCUGUUGUUAUUAAAAUAGAAGUUUCAGAGACUCUGAAAGAAGCUCUUGAUUAUUUGAACAAGGAAACCGACAUUAUUGGAAUAAGAAAGGAUAAAAUAUUGGAGUUAGCUAAACUAACUCUUCUUCCCAGUGACAAGAAUUUACACAUCGCCGUGGUGGGUGAGGUAGGCUCUGGCAAGACAGCUGUAGUGAGAACUGUUUACGAAAACACAUAUAUACAGCAGAAUUUUAAUUGCCGAGCCUGGAUUAGCAUUUCUCAUGAUUAUGACGAGAGAGAUAUCUUGAUUGAGAUGUGGCAGCAGGUUACGAAGGAUUCGGAUGCAAAGAAAUUGUCCUCAAAUGAAAACUUGGAAGCUGAGCUCACUAAUUUCUUGUCUCAGAAGAAGUUCCUGCUUGUCUUGGAUAAUCUCAACCUACCAGCUGCUUGGUAUGAUCUCCAGAAGAUCUGUUCACCAGGCUUAUCAAAUGGUAGCAGGGUGAUCAUAACUACCUCUGACGCUUUUAUAGCCCGCAUUUUCAGUCCAUCAAUUAAUAUUCUGGAGCUAAAAACACUGAAUGCAGAUGAUUCUUGGAAGUUGAUCUUGAAGAAGUUGAGAGGAGAUAAAAGUUUGGAAGAUAAAGAGUCGGAUCUCAAGGAAAAAUUCUGGAAAUGUUGUCGCGGACAACCUCUUGCAAUACAUGUGCUGGGAGGUUUAUUGUCCGGUACUAAAAAAGACAUGGACUAUUAUAAAUGGUUCACGGAGAUUGAGAAGAAAAUGAAAGGAGAAAUCAUAAAAGAAAGAAGUGUUGAAGAUACUGAAAAACAAGAGGAAGCUUCUGAUGAAGAAGAAUAUACAGAACAACGUACUACCUGGGAGAAACAGGAUAAUAAAAAUAUCUGGACUUUGAGCUAUAAGUAUCUACCUCCCCGAUUGAAAGCAUUAGUAAAUUACUUAUAUCUUUUCCCCAAAUCGGAUGAGAUCCCUGUAAGGAGGUUGUUUCAUUUAUGGAUUGCUGAAGGAUUGGGAACACCAAGGGAAGGGACAGAAAUGACUCCUGAAGGAUUAGGAACACCAGGGGAAGUGACAGAAAUGACUCCUGAAGGAUUAGGAAUACCAGGGGAAGUGACAGAAAUGGCCCCUGAAGAUCAGGUGAAGAGUGAUUUUGACGAACUGGUGCAAAGGAACUUGAUUGAAGUAACAAAACGCAGAUUAGAUGACAGCCCUAAAACUUGUCGUCUGCCGAAAACUUUGUAUAGUACAUUCAUUGAAAAGGCUGAGCAGAUGGAAUUUUUCUACCUCCAUAAAGGAAAAAAUUCUUCCUCCAUCUCAUGCAUCCGGAGGCUUGCAGAACAUUGGGAUAUCCAGGACGGCACUCCUUUGGAUGAUUGGUUUAAAAAUCUACAUUCAUAUAUAUCUUGCAACACCCAAAAGGGAGGCAAAACUUCAGAGAGUGUAGGCAAUUUUCUGAAUAAUGUCAUCAUUAAACAAGGAUUUCAAGUGCUGAGAGUGCUUGAUCUUGAAGGUGUAUACAAACCAGUUCUUCCUAAAUUACUAGGAAAACUCCUUCUUCUUCGGCACAUAGGCCUUAGAAAGACCUUUGUGGACUCAAUCCCCACAUCAGUUGGUGAUCUUCCCUGCCUGCAGAUUAUAGAUGUCAAAAACACUAAUAUCACAACUCUUCCUAAGGGCAUCUUGGAAGCAAAGCAUCUACGGCAUCUAUACCUCAACGAGAUUAGUUUUCCAUUGUCGACUCUAAAGAGUCUAAAGCAUGGUUCUUUAAGCAAGCUUCUGACUUUGUGGGGUCUUUUCAUCCGCGAGACUGAGUGCCCGAAACGUGAAUGGUGGAAUGAACUGAAGUGUCUUCGGAAAGUGGGGCUGACAGCCCACACAAAAUCACUCAAGAUCAUAACCGAAUGGAUUCUUGAACGGACCACUCUUCGUUCCUUAAGGUUGAGAACAAUAAAUGAUAAUGAUGAACCUUCUGACCUCGAUUUGGGAUCGCUGAAGAGUCACGAGGAGCUGAAGGAGAUGUAUUUGGUCGGCAAGUUACAAAAGUCAAUCCAACCUCCCCCAAAUCUCAGAAUCCUUACCUUGUCAUUGACACGACUAAAUGAAGAUUCGAUUGCCACACUAGGGCAGCUGAAGCAGUUGAAGGUCCUCAGGCUUUUUGCGGAUUCCUACCAGGGGAAACAAAUGACGUGUAAAAGGGAUGAUUUUCCGGAACUCUGCGUCCUGAAGUUAUGGAAGCUGAAGGAACUGAGAGACUGGCAAAUCAAUGAACAAGCGAUGCCAUUGCUGAAAUCUUUGGAACUGAGAGAUUGCCAUAAACUAAAGAAGAUUGUGGCGUUGAAGAAUGUGACCUCCCUGAAGGAAUUGACCUUGACCAAUAUGACAGAGAAUUUUGUGAUUGAGGCGUUGAAGAAUGUGACCUUCUUGAAGGAAUUGACCUUGACCAAUGUGAAAGAGGAUUGUGUCGUUCAAAUCGAAGAAUCCUUUGGUAAGAAAGGAACCAUCACUCGUCCAACUGGAAAACAAAAUAAUAAUAUUGUGAAAAUUCGAUGGGAUUGAAAUGCCACUCUGGGACAAAUACCAUUCUGUUGAUGUCAUUGCUUCUUUCGUCCUGGUAUUUUCUAUUCUCCUCUAUUUAGUUUGUAAUUCUCCCACCAAUAAAUUUUCUGUCUCUUCUUCCA